ACAUUAUACACGAUUGACAGUAUUUUAAUAAAUAUUAAUAUUAAUAUAAUAUAAACAAGUCCUGUGGCUUGCACGUCAAUUCAUAAUUGCACACGUUUCCACAAAUGUUUCGAUGUUUGAAAUAAUCAGAAGUACGCACGUCUUGAAGGGAUUUGGAAAACAAAGUUCAGUGAAGCGGCUACCGAAACUUAAUCCGUUAGAUGGCAAUAACGAUACUCGUAUCACCUAUAAGGCCAUAAAGAAUGAUAUCCUCGUCCACCAAAUCAAUAAUACUCCCACUUGUUUAGACUCCAUAAAUACAAAAAUUGUAAUAUUAUGAUGUUGUGAUUAUAUAAUCAUAUUUGAGGUCUACUGAAAUAAUUAUUGUUAUUUGUUCUUAUGCCAGUCCAUUAUUACUGGACGAUAACACAGAGAUAACGAUUUGUUUAUUAUUAUUCAAUAUUUAUUAAUUAUUAUUAUUGUUUAAGAAAUGGGUUCGGAGAGCCCAAAAAUGGUUGCCAACGAAGAAACAUUUGAUGAAAACAGUUUGGCCGAGGCCAAUUCCAAGGAACAGUACAAAGAAAUGAAAAGAAAAUUGAGGCUUUUAGUCUAUGAAAAUGAAAUCUUUCAACAGACCCUGAAGACCACCCAACGGAAACUCCUGAAGGCUUCACGAGAUAAAAAUGUUCUACUAGAUAGGCUGAUAAUGUAUGAAAUGGUAGAUCUCAGUAGUAGCGAUGAUGAACUGACCGAGUCAUCUGAUGAAGGCGAUUCUACCAAACCAGAACCUAAGAAGCGAAAAGACCCACCGGCAAACAACAACUCUUCAAGUGGAACUAGUAAACAAUCUAUCAGUCCUCAAAGGACUAAUCCAAAUCCAGCCAAAAAACGAAAACCUUCUACUCCAAAAGCUUCUAAGUCUGCACCAAUGCCACUUCAAUCAAAUGAAUCUCAUCCUAACAACAAUGUAUUGUCAACGGCUGAGAGCAGUAAAACAAUGGCUGAACCAAAAUCAGGAAAUAGUUUUAGUCAACACAGUUUAGCAACAGACGUGUUUAAUGACACUUUUUCAGUGAAAAGUGAAUCAAACAGUAUGUAUGAUAUAGACACAUCACCUAACAAUAUUGCUGAAGAUAUGAUCAAUGUCGACAGUAUAGGAAAAUAAUUUACUCGACAAAUCCAUUUUUUUGUGAACUUAUAUUUUAAUGUUUAAUAUUGUACAUUACAUCUGUAACAACAUGUGUAUAUAGGUUGUAUAAAAUAAAUGUAGUUUUAAAAUGUAAAGCA